AUGGUAGCUGCAGCGGAGGCUCCAGAAUCCAGCAGCAGCGGCAACUCCUGGCUGCUGCUGCAACAGCAGUCAAUGCAGCAGCAGCAGCAGCAGCAGCCAUCUGCACAGCAGCAGCAGCAGCAGCAGCAGCCAACAACGCCGCUGCAGCAGCACCAUCCAACAACACAGCAGCAGCAGCUGUCAACAGAACAGCAACUGGAGCAGCAGACACCACCACAACAACCAGACCACCAGCAGCCAGGACCACAGCAGCAGCAGCAGCAUGACGGAGUGGACAGCAGCAGCAGCAGCAGCAACAGCAGCAGCAGCAGCAGCGAGUACCCUGUCCGUUUCCCUUCAGACCAGAGUUCAAUCACAACAUCGCCCCGCGGGUCUACAGAGAAGAGUGUGUGGCAGCAGCAGCAGAAGCAGCAGCAACAGCAGCAGCAAAAGCAGCAGCAGCAGCACCGACGCCAGCCGGAGCGUGAGGCAACUGCAGCAGCAGCAGCAGCAGUUGCACCAAGUGCGGCAGCAACAGCAGCAGCAGAUGUACAGCAGCAAGCAUUCGCUCCCGUCCCUUCUUUCCCCUCCUCACCUCGCCUGCAUGCCGCCAAAACCCCUGUACAGCAGCAGCAGCAGCAGCAACGGGAGGAAGAGGAGCAGCAGCAGCAGCAGCAGGUGGCGCAGUACGAGGCAUCAGUAUCCUUAGGGGAGGAGGCAAUAGAAGAGGAGCAGCAGCAGCUGCCGACCUCUGCAGCAACUAACAGCAGUGACAGCAGCAGCGGCAGCAGCAGCAGCAAAAGUAGUAGUAGUACUAGUAAUAAUAGUAAUAGUAGCAAUAGUAGCGUGGUCAGCACGGUUAACAGCAGCAGCAGCAGCAGCAACAGCAGCAGCAGCAGCAGCAGCAGCAGCGGGGAAGCAGGGAAGUCUAGCCCUUACUCCGCGCCUCACCCGUUUAUUUUAUCCUUUACCUUUCCCCGCAGCGACACAGAGCAGCAGCAGCAGCAGCAGCGGCAGCAGCAGCGGCAGCGGCAGAGGCGUAGCCCCUUCUGGGCCCCUUCUGCUGCACCAACUGCUGCUGCUCCUCCUGCAGCAGCAGCAGCAGCAGCAACUGCUGCUGCUGCUGUCUUUCCCCGCAGGCAGCGCUCUACCAGCUUAGAGGCCCCUAGUAGGCAUACGUGGCGGACCCCACGGCAGCAGCAGCAGCAGCAGCGGCAGCAGCAGCAGCAGCAGUGGACUCAAUGGAUGCCGCCUCUGCCUCCCGCUGUCCCUUUCCCUGGCAGCAAAUGCGCAUUUACCGCUUCUCCUUUUAGCAGCAGCAGCAGCAGCAGCAGAAGCAGCAGCAGCAGAAGCAGCAGCAGGAGCAAAAGCAGCAGCAAGAGCACAGGAGUCCUGCAGCGGGGGCAUGAGCCCUUUGCUGCUGCCUCUACGGUGUCAUCGCGAGAAAGAGAAGCAGCAGCAGAAGCAGCAGCAGCAGCAGCAGCAGAAGCAGCAGCAGCAGCAGCAAGUGAAAGGCAUUGGGAAGAGGAACAGCAGGAGCAGCAAGAGCAACAGCAGCAACAUCAACAGCAGCAACAGCUGCAAAAACAGCAGCAACAGCAUUCGCAGUGGGAGCGAGUGGAGGGGGACGCCUCACCAGCAGCAAGAGCAGCAGCAGCAGCAGCAGCAGCAGCUGCUGCUGCUGCUGCAACAGCAGCAGAGACGUCUGCACCCUCAGGGGAUGCUUUGUAUUACAACAGAAGCCGUUUACUGCCAAAGGCCGACGACGCAGCAGCAGCAGCUGCUGCUGCUGCUGCUUCUGCUGCGGUGUAUGAGGACAACAACAGCAGCAGAGAUCUAUCUCCUCGACAAGGAGAUGCUGCUUCUGCUGUGCAGCAGCAUGCACAACUCAGCAGCAGCAGCAGCAGCAGCGGCAGAAGCAGCAGCAGAGAUGCUCCCGUGAUGGAUAUUAACUGGAGGAUGCCCGACACUUCAGCAGCAGCAGCAGCAGCAGCAGCACCAGCAGCAAUAGCAACAGCUCCUUCUUCUGCUGCUGCAUCGCUGCAUGCAGGAGACGAAACACCAGACGCGGAUGAGCAUCAGCAGCAGCAGCAGCAGCGGAAGCAGCAACAGCUGCAGAAGCAGCGGGAGCAGCAUUGGUGGAACUUCAGUUCAGGAGCAGCAGAGACAGCAACUAGUACUGUCUGUACACCGGAGGCUGCUGCUGCUGCUGCUGCAGCAGCAGCAGCAGCAAGGGUUUCGCUAUCUGCGCAGCAGCUGCUGCUGUCGGGGGACCUGUCUCCUCCGCAUGCAUGUGGGGAGUAUUUGCUGCAGCAUCCGCAGCAGCAAGCAAGUACUGCAGCAGCAGCAGCAGCAGCAACAGCAACGGAUACUGCAGAGCUGCAGCUUUUGCUGCAGCAGCUCGAGCAGCAGAUCCCGCCGGAGAAGCUGCUACCUCACCUGUUGCUGUGGUAUCGAGACACCAGCAGCAGCAGCAGCAGCAGCAGCAGCGGCAGCAGCAGCGGCAGCAGCAAUUUGCUGCGACUGACUGAGGGGGACCGCGUGUCCCGGGACAACAGCGAGCAGCCAGCAGCAGCAGCAGCAGCAACUGCAGCAACUGCAGCAGGAGGAGCAAGCAUGCAAGCAUUUUCCGAGUCAGCAGCAUCAGCAUCAGCAGCAGCAGCAGCAUCUGCUGCUGCUGCUGCAGUAGGUGAUUUGCUGCUGGUAUCUAUAGGGCGGUGUGCAGCAAAGAUGUCUCCUGCUGCUGUUAAGGUGUCUCUUUUUGCUGCUCUUUCUUCUCUCUUCCCUCUGCAGCAGCAAAUAAAAGAAAAAGAAGAUAAAAUUAUUCGCUUCUUUGCUGCAGUAAUUAAAUGCAUGCAGCAGCAAAUAUACCCGCAGGAACAUACCAGCAGCAGCAGCAGCAGCAGCAGCAGCAGCAGCGGCAUAGCAACACCAGCAACAGACUCAGCAGCAUCUCUUUCCCCCCGUGAAGAAACAGCAGCAGCAGCAACAACAGCAGCAACAGGAGCAAGAGCAACAGCAGCAACAACAGCAACAGCAGCAGCAGCAGCAGCAGCAAGAGAGAGGGUUACGAGGGGACAAUUCUUGACGAUAUUUUUGCUGUUAUGGCUAGCCUCUCUUAGAGCCAUUUUAGACAGCAGCAGCAGCAGCAGCAAGAGGAGCAGCAGCAAGAGCAGCAACAGCAGCAGACGCAGCGGCCCGCCUGGCCUUGCUGGAUGUUUGCUGCUGCUGCGCUGUUUGCUGCAGGUUGCUUCGGAGGGUGUAGACCCUGCUGCUGCUGGCGCUAUUAACGACCAGCAGCAGCAACCGCAGCAGCAGCAACCGCAGCAGCAGCAGCAGGAGUUGCUAAAGGGAGGCGAUCUUGCCUUAACAGAGAGCUGCUUGCGUGCUGCUGCAGCAACUCUUGCCACCUGCAGGGACACUUGCGGUGCAGGAGCUUGGCUGCUGCUGCUGCUGCUCUUUGAAAGACCGCAGCAGCAGCAGCAGCAGCAGCUAAGCCCAUUGGUGUUGCGGGGGUUGCAGGGGCUACUACCAUUUCUACAGCGCUGCAGCAAAGCGGUUGCUGCAGCAGCAGGAGGAUAUUUGUCUCCUAAUGCUGUUGCUAAUGUCUGCUGCAAACAGGAGACAGCAGCAAGCGAACAGGCCUCUGCCGUCGGUCUCCCGCAGCAGCAGCAGCAGCAGCAGCUGUUGCUGCCUGUGCCUCCCUACAGGUUUUUGUCUUCAAGCUCUUCAGACAAGGAAGCAGCAGCCAGGGAGGGAGCAGCGGAUGCUGCUGCUGCUGCUGCUGGAGGGGAGGGGGAACUGUGGGGAACCUCGCAACUGCUGCAGCUGUUGCUGCUGCGGGUCCAGAGGGCUCUGCAACAGCAGCAAAAGCGCAGCAGCAGGGAGGAUAACGAAGAGGAGAAGCAGCAGGAGCUGCAAAAGCAGCUGCAGCCGCUGGUUCUGCUGCCACCGCAUGCAAAUUGCAGGUCUGCUGCUGCUGCUGCUACUGGCUGCAUUCCAGUCUAUCGGCAGCCCGUUGCAGCUGCUGAAGACUGCAGCAGACAAGCAGCAGCAACAGCAGCAGCAACAGCAGCAGCAGAUGCAAUAUGGAUGCCUUACCGCCCCCCUGCUGCAAGACACAGCGAGGAGGAGGAGCAGAUCCUCUACCAGCAGCAGCAGCAGCAACGGCGGGUCGGGGACUGUUCGGUGCUGCUGCGGGGCAGCAACAGCAGAGGCUGUAGCAGCAGCAGCAGCAACAACGGCAGCAGAAGCAGCAGAAGGCGGCCGCUUUCCUAUGCUGUGCAGCAGCAUGCAGGAGACGUGGCUCCUUUUGUGGGGCUUCCUAUCGACGCAGACCCUUUUGCUGCUGCUGCUGCUGCUGCUGGUAACAAGGUGCAACAACAACAACAACAGGAGCAGCAGCAGCAGCAGCAAGUGUGCUGGGCUCCCCGCAGCGGUGUCAGGAAGGACUCUGCAGCAGCAAGCGAAGCCUCGGAUGCAGGCAGCACGUCAACCGCAAAGCAGCAGCAGCAGCAGCAACAGCAGCAGCAACAACAACCGGGUUGGGGCCCACCCGUCAGUGGACCAGGAACAGCAGCAACAGCAGCAACACAUGCAGCAGCAAGUAGCAGCAGAACAAGAUCAGAUGCAGCAGCAACACCAGAAGCUCUUUCCUUCCUUCCCCUCAACAGGUUUGCUAUGGCGGCGCUGCAGCGGCCCCACACUCAGCAGCAGCAGCAGCAGCAAGAUGCGUCCUGGGGCAGCAACAACAGCGCAGCAGCAGCAGGUAGAGGGAGCCCUUUGUUGCAGGUGGGGCAUCUUUCGCAUCCUCCAGCAAGCAGGAACAGUAGCAGCAGCAGCAGCAGCAACACCCCACCAAGAGCAGGUGCAGCAGCAGCAGCAGCAGCAGCAGAUGCAUUGCUGCUAGGUGGUCGCUGUCUACAUAAGGGAGGAGGCAGCAAAAUAAGGUUAACCCCAGGGGCCCCCGCAGAAGGCCCCCAAGGUGUAUCUGCAGGGGCCCCGCAAGGGGCCCCCUCCAGUGGCAUAACGCGGUGCCCUCCGGGGGGCCCCUCUAGGGGCCCCCCCACCCCACCAGGAAGGGACACCACACGGGGAUCCCCCACAGGUGGGGCCCCUUCAGGAGGGGCUCCCACAGGGGAGGGCCCCUUGGGGGGCCCCACAGGGGCCCCUGCAGGGUCCGCUCGCGAGAGUAUUGAGAAGGUUUGGAGGAGAGAAGGAUUUUCUCCUCAUCUGCAUAAGAGGAUACUGCUGCUGCUGGAUAGACACAGGAGGAAGAGCAGCAGCAGCAGCAGCAGGAAGCAGAAAGGAGGAGGAGAGGCAGCACAGCAGCAAGGAAAAGAAGAGCAGCAGCAAGGAUUGCAGCAGCUACAAGAACAGGUGCAGCAACUGCAGCAACAACUGCAGCAGCAGCAACUUGAACAAAAGCAUAUAAAAAGGGGAAUACUGCAGCAGCAGCAGCGCAUGCAGGAUAAACGAGACGCCACUGCUGCUGCUGCUGCUGCUGCUGCUGCUGCUUUAUCUGCUGCAGCAAAAACCAAAAAGUCAACGCGAGCAGCAACACAAUCACUACCAUCAGCAGCAACUGCAGCAGCAGCAACAGCAGCAGCAGCACGAAGCUUGCGCAAGAAGGUCUUUCCUUUAGGGGGAGACAGUAAAGGAGAUAGAGGAGGGGAUGCAGCAAAAACAGCAGCAGCAGCAGCAGCAGCGGAAAGAUCAUCACUGGACAACGGUGUGCUGCCUGCUGCUUCUUCUGCUGCAGCUGCUGCUGCAACGCGCUUCCAGCAGCAGCAGCAGCAGCAGCAGCAGCAAGCCGCUACUUGGCAGCCCCCUGAGAUAGGAGGGGAGCAUCACGUAUUGUAUGCUGGGGUGUCUGCGCACCCUGCAGGCAGCAGCAGCUGGAGCAGCAGCAGCAGCAAGAGCAACAACAACAACAACAACAACAACAGCAGCAGCAGCAGCAGCAAACCGGCAUACAGAGGAUCAGCAGCAGAAGCAGCUCCUCUGCAGCAUCACCAAUGGUCUUCUUUCCCUCAGCAGCAGGUGCAGCUUCAGCUGCAGCAGCAGCAGCAGCAACUGCAGCAGGAGCAGCAGCAGCAACUGGUGCAGCAAUCUUUAGCAGGAUGGGGGGCCUUCCCUUGCAGCAAUGCAUACGGCAACAGCACAGUAGCAGCAGCAGCAGCAUGGGCCCCUUCUGCUGCUGCUGCUGGUGGUGUUCCUGCUGCAGUGCAGCAGCAGCAUGCGGGUGCAUAUAUUCCACAGGAAUAUCUGCAGCAGCAGCAGCAGCAGCAGCUAAUGACUGCAUGCGGUCCCCUGUCUAUGAACUAUGAAUAUUCUAUGGGUGGUGGUCUACAGCAGCAGCAGCUGUUGCUGCAGCAUCAGCAGCAGCAGCAGCUGUUACUGCAGCAACAGCAGCAGUUGUCUCUGAUGCACCACCAGCAGCAGCAGCAGCAGCAGCAGUCUGUAUUUCCGUUGCAAUUGGAGGGAAGCUUUGAUGAAUCUGCAUGCGUUGAGGUGUAUCUACACCACCCUAUUAGCCGCAGCAGACGUCAUCACCACCACCACCAUCAGCAGCAGCAGCAGCAGCAGCAGCAGCAGCAGCAUAUGCCACAGCAGCAGCAGCAGCAACAGCAGCAGCAGCAGCAGCAGCAGCAACAGCAGCAGCAGCUGCAGCGGCAAUAG